AUGUCACGCGAAAUCGCAAAUUUAUCCAGCAACUGCCACGGAGUUAAGGAUUCGCAAGCUGUGGAUUUGAAUUCGUUCAAUGGACGAUUUUUGCGAUCUAAGACGGCUGAAGUUGUCAAAGAGCUUGUUGAUGGCGCAAAGGAUGUCGAUGGUCCAGCUGGGGAUAAGGAUAAGGUUAGUUAUAUUUCGAAAAUUUUAUUCUAGUUAUAAUUCAAACAUAUUCUAUAAAUUUUCAGGUUGUCUCGCGCGAAGUUGCCCAGCUCCACAGCAACUGUUAUGGAUCCAGAGAUUCAGUGCCAGUUGAUUUGAGCAGUUUCGAAGGCCGGUUCUUACGGUCAAAGGCGAAUGAAGUUGGAAGUGCGACUGAUGAAAUGCGACUAAUGACGGAUGUUGCUGUGGCUGAUAAUGGAGAUAUUCAAGUUCUGGAUCAGGAUAGUUUUUUUUCGAAAUUCUUUGUCAAAAAUAUAAAACUGGUUAUGAUUUUUGAAAUUGAAAAAUACAAAUUCUGAGAAUGCCAAAAAAUUAAAAGUUCCUAACACAUAUCAAACCCCCCCCCGUGUCAAAACUGCUGAUAAUCUAAAAAAAUCUGUUUUGCAGAAACCGGCUCUGCGAUCAUCGUCAAGAUUGCUGAAUCGAAUGACCCAAAAUGAAGAAAGUCCAGUGAGUUGAUAAUCUGCAAUAAUCAUGGAAGAGAAAAACUAUAAAAAAACAAUAUUUCUUACAGGCCAAGAAAGCGAGACUUCCAUCUACAUCAACAUCCAACAGCACUACACCGAAUCAAGGAUCUUCGAAUUCAUCCAAGAAAUCAGCGAUUCCUUCCAAAAGCCGAUACGACGUGAGCUUUUAUUUGGAAAAAAAAGUCUUUUCAUGAAAAAUAUUGAUAAAGAACAAAAAUCAAUAUUUUUUAUUCCAGACCAUUUUCAACAUCAACAACAAUGUUGUCGCUUCAGAAGAUUGGGUCGCCGAAUUCCUGAAAUAUGAAGACAACUUCCAAGCACCAUCAAAAAGAGAAGUUAUCAUUUGCAAAAACGGUGGCGAUUUCAACAAAAUCUUCAAUGCGAAAGGCGGCUUUGACGGAUUUGAGGUUCCGUAUGUUAUUGAGAAUGUUACCGGUCUGGGAUUUAAUGUUGAUGCUGCACUCAACGUGCCGCAGAUUGUCAAAUCGUUGGGCAGAGAAUUCACAACAAACGCCUAUCUAAAUUCGGAUCGAAAAUAUGCUUCAAUGAAAAUGGGAGAAUUCAACGAUUUGUGGGUUAAUAAACAGUUGCGAAAACAGCCGGUCAACUUGUUGCAAUUGGAAGUUGGCAGCAAUCCAAUGUGAGUUGACAAAUUACGAUUUUUUCAAAAUUCGAUGGCAAAUUUUUCAUUUCAAGAUGAAAUAUAGUAGCCCUCAGCAAAUUUCGCAGUACAAAAAAUACAUGUGAACUUCACAGCUCUCAAGAUCAACAAAAACCAAAUUUUUUUACAGGCUAGAUGCUGGAAUCGGAGUCCCCACCAUUUUCGAACACUGCUCAAUUCAACAAUGUUAUGACAUUGAAGAUGCGGCGAAAGAACUGAAGAAUUGUGCGAAACCUUCCAUCAAGAAGUUUUGCUUAGUUACAAUGGCUCAAUCGUUCACCGACUUUCACGUCGAUUUUUCCGGCACGAGUUUCUGGUUUUUCAUGCAAGAAGGCGAGAAACUCUUCUACAUCAUCCCGCCAACCGAUGAAAAUCUGGAAGAAUAUCAAGAUGAUGAAGAGAAUGGAACAAAUGUUGAGUGGCUUGGGGACCGAUUAAAGACCGAAAUUCGACGAAUUCACUUGCGAAAAGGUCAAAUGUUAUUUGUGCCAUCCGGUUAUCUACACGCGGUUUACACGCCAUGCGACAGCCUGGUUUUUGGAGGGAGCAUUUUCUCGCUGCCUCAUCUUGAAAUGCAACUCAAGUAAGCUUUCAAUCCAAACAUUUUUUCCAAAUCGUUUUCAUUUUCAGGAUAACAGGCAUCGAAACCAGGCUUCGCAUCAAGGAAGUGAUGCCGCAUCUCGCCGAAAUCUAUUUUGCAAUCGCCAAACAUCUGCUGUUGCCAAAAUUGAAAUCCUCUCGAAACAUGAAGCAAGAAGUCUCGGCCAGAAUCAGAAGAGGAACAAAUGCGCUCAUUGGAUAUUUGAAUGGUAUAAUGGGGAGGAAUUUGAAGCGAAGAGCAAUUGUGAAGGAGCUGGAAGAAGAAUACGAACAUCACAAACAGGAUUGA